AUGCCUAAUCGCCCUUUCCGUGAAGAAAUUCCUCCUAAUGUGCAACCUAAACCCCCCCCGUCACAGUUUGAGGCUCUGUUCUCUCAUCCUGUUGCUUGCUGCCUGGUAAGACAGGUCCGAUACCUGCACAGAACAGCAGCACAAAAUGCCACUGGAGCCUUAUUUGUGCACAGAGAUAGUCCUGAAAAUAAUCCAGAUACUCCAUUUGAGUUCACACCUGAAAACCAAAAGCGAAUAGAAGCUAUCAUAAAAAACUACCCAGAGGGACACAAGUCUGCAGCUGUCAUGGCAGUACUGGAUUUGGCCCAAAGACAGCAUGGAUGGUUGCCCAUAUCAGCUAUGAACAAGGUUGCUGAAGUUUUGGAAAUGCCUCCCAUGAGAGUGUAUGAAGUAGCAACCUUCUAUACCAUGUACAAUCGCAAACCUGUUGGGAAAUACCAUAUUCAGGUCUGCACUACCACACCGUGCAUGCUGCGGGACUCUGACAGUAUUUUAGAAGCCAUUAAGAAGAAACUCGGUAUAAAAGUUGGGGAAACAACACCUGAUAAACUCUUCACGCUGAUAGAAGUGGAGUGUUUAGGUGCCUGUGUAAAUGCACCAAUGGUACAAAUAAACGACAAUUACUACGAAGAUUUGACACCCAAAGAUAUUGAAGACAUAAUUGAUGAGCUAAAGGCUGGCAAAGUUCCCAAGCCAGGCCCAAGGAGUGGACGUUUUUCUUGUGAGCCAGCUGGUGGCCUUACUUCUCUGACUGAACCACCCAAAGGACCAGGCUUUGGAGUUCGAGCUGACCUGUGAGCAUUUUUGUAAUAUAAAAUGAAAUGUCUGAAAAUAAUAAAGUAUCUGUAAUCUAAGUAAA